AUGGCCUCGACCCUCGUAUUUCCAAAUCGAGAGCCUCUGGCGGAACUGCAGGCGGGAAUGGCUUCUUGGCUUUCCGCCAAGAUCUCUGCUCUUGGAGAGCGGGUGAUGGACAGCGUCCUAGACGCCGUCGUCCAGAACCAGGAUCUCCACCUGAAGAAUCUGCAGAAUAUGCAGCAGUGGAACAUCUCACGUCUGGUGAAUCGCGUUGUCAAUGCAAAGUAUUUCUACAAGCAGCACAACGUGGAGGCCUGCGCGGAUUUUGAUGAGUUGUUUCCUUCGGCUUCUCCGGACCCGCAUUCGGGCUGCCCGUCGCCGUCCCCUCCAGCUCCUCCGCGGGCGACUUCUUCCCUCUCCUCCUCUUUCCUCGUGCCCCAAGAUCCAGUGGGGCGCCUCGAAAUCCGCAUUCGCUCGUGUUCACUCGUCCUCUUCACGGCUGAAAAUGGACGCAUUCUGCCGCCCGUCGCGAUGCUUCAGAGACAGCAGCAGCACCAGCAGCUUCUGUGGCAGACUGUCGUUCACGUGGAAAACCAGGAGCAGCGGAGUCCCUGCUACAAAAUGGAACGAAAGGAUGCGUACGACACCAACGAAAUCCUGUUCGACGACUCGUACGAAUUCCCAAUUCGCGAUUUGUGGACCGACAUCUGCAUCGACGUUGUCGCCCUCAAGAGCAAGCGCCACAUCAUUAUGAAACCUGCGACUUCGUCGGCUGCAAACGCCUCGCCUGGGAUUCCUGCUUUUCCCAGUUCUGCUCACGGCCACCCUUCGUAUCGCAGCUCUCGAUCUCCUGUCCCUUCCGACAGGGCUGCGGGCUCCGGUUCCUGCGGCGAUCUUGGCGCCGCUGGCGGUGGGGAGGUGACGGGGUUCGGCUCCACGGACGUGUCUCUCGAGCCGGCGGCAGGGGCAGCGGGCGGAGACAGCGAAUGCCCCGAAGGCUCCAGGCUUACGAGAGCGAACUCAAGCGGCCCAGCGGAGGCGCGAGGCGGAGGCGACCGAGGGAUGGACGAAGGUUCCCAAUUCGGUUCAGGCUCCUGUCUGCUCGAGAGCCCGCGGCUGGGGGCGACUUCGGCGUGUCCUGCUCCAGACUCGGAGCAAGUCUCGGGGGGCGGUCCGUCCGUCUUGGCGAAUCCUGCGGGUUCGCCUCGCCUUUCUGCGGCGACUUCGAGUUCCCCCCCCGGCGCUGCGUCCUCUCGAGAAGGGCGAUACGUCUAUGGGCGGGCGAUCCUGCCUCUCUCCGCUUUCUUGUCGUCUUCCCCUCCUCAGUGGGAAACGAAGAGGCGCCAGCGCCCGGGACGACGAAAGCGAGAGUCGCCGUUUUGGGACAGCCUCAGCAGCCUGCGCACCAGAACGCCGCGACUGGGUAGGCGCAAAGGCCCCGCCGAAGGAGAAGGCGACGACGGCGACGCUGGACGUGGACGACGCAGCGAGGAAGCGGCGCAGAUCGACGCCUGCAGAGUCAGCCGGUCCGAGUUUUGGGUACAACUCUUCCCGGAAAACAACAAGCUGUCGGAGCGAAAGUACCUCAGGCCUGUCAAAGGGUUCGAGGAGUUCGGCAUGAAGAAUCCCGUGAGCACCCUCGGCUUUCUGCAUGUCACUGUCGCCUUCGAGUGGGCCCAUCGACCGACUCUGUCUCCCUUGCUCUCGUGUCUUCUGCCUCCGUCUCAACUUUGGGUUGUCCCUCUCAAGCCUGAACCGCACUACGUCGAGUCUUUCUCGCGACGGUGCAAAGACGUCUUGGCGGAGCCGCCGCGGUGGAUCGACCUUUUCUUCCACUUUGGAGGCCACCUGGAGGAUCGGACGUGGGCGGGGUCGUGCUGCUGGCUCUUGUUUUGGAUGAAUCUGUUGUACGGGACAUGCUUCGCGCCUUUCUGGCAGCUUCCGGGCUGCAUGUUUCUGGCGGUUGCUCUGGCGUCUUUCUCGUACUUUCUUCUUCGUCAAAACCGAUUUUUCGUCUACUCGCUGCCGCCCGGCGCCGCGCCGACGCUCCCGGUCGCGGCGCCGCCUCUGUCGUUCCACACGCCCACCUGGGCGGCGCCGAAUUCUUUACCGUUUUUUCCUUCUUCGCGGACUCUGCCUGUGCAUCCCGCGUCUUCCAACGCACCUUCUCCGAAUCCUACCUCCGCCGGAAGUGUCGAAAGUGGGGGAUCGAGGCCGCACACGAGGGCGGACGCGCCCUGUUCCAUCCCCUCGUUCCCGUACAGAGAGAGGCGAGAGAAGGGGACUCAUCCGCUCUCGGCGCCUCUGGGCGACUGCGAAGAGAGGAGCGAUCUGGAAGACUUUACCGAGGACGAUGCCUCAGAGGAUGAGGCGAUGUCCACGGGCGAGACAGCGUCUCGCAGAGAUGCCGCGUCCAGCGGCGCAGCGGGGCAAGGAGAAGACGCACCUGCGAGCGAGGGAGACGCAGAGGCGCGGGGAAGGCGAGGCGCGGUAGACGCAAGCCAUCGGCUGAGCAACGGCAGCGGCGACGCGCCGCCGAGAGGCGCGGAAGAUGCUCCAGACGUUGAGGGUGGGGGACAGUACGAGGUCGCGGAACGGAGACAAAGCAGCUUCGAGCGAGCGACGAGCUCUGCGGAGGCGGCUCUCGCAACUCUAGGAUUCUCGUCUUUCAAGCCUUCCUCUUUCUCGUCCUUUUCAAAGCUCGACGGUCUGCCGAGCAAAGAAGCCGACGCCGCGGAAGAGGAAAGGGUGCGAGGAGAGAAGGAAGAGAGAGAAAACAGCUCUCCGGCGGCCUGGAACUUGGACGAUCCGCGUAAGGAGAAAACCGACGUUUCCCCAGUCUCGACGGUGGGUGCUGCUGCGUCGGGUAACCCCUUGAAGGACGGCGAGGAUGCUGUCCUUUCACUUGCCGGUGGCCGAGACGACAGAGAGGAAGACAGCCUUCUUCAUCCACGACGCGGGAGAGUCUCGAAAGUCUCUUCGCCCUUCGGAGACAUCACUCUCUUCGUAAGAGAAAGUGCAAAGGGAGAAGAAGGAAAGGGCUUGAAGAGCGACGAAACCUGGCCCGUCUUCGCCGACGAUGAAACAGAGCCUCUCGUGCAAGAACAACUCAACAAACUCAUCGAACUCGCCACCGGACUUCAAAUUGCGACGGGCUAUAUUUCGUCGGUCGCCGAGAAGGUGCGGUACGCGUUCAACUGGGAAGAUCCUUUCCUCUCCUACGCCUCGCUCUUUCUUCUUUGCUUCCACUGUUUCCUCUGGUGCCUGCUGCUCUAUCUGGCGAGUCUCGUGCCGCUUCUCGUCUGGCGGGUGUGCCUCUUUUGCGGCUUCCUGCUUUUCGGAGUCGUGACCGAUCCCCGCGUCCAGGCGCGCGUCGACGAAAAGCUGCAGAAAGAGAUCCACCGGCGUCUCGAGAGCGAGCAGUUGAGGGAUUCGUUUUCCGGCCUCGGCAACACCCGCGCGGCCGUCUGUCACGCGCAGGACGCGAGCAACGGAGCUGCGGACUUCGCCCCUGUCUCCUCGGAUCUACGAACGCGCGACGUGCGCGGGGAGGAGACCUUCGCCAGGCGGCGUUCGUCGACGUCCUCGUCAAGUUCCUUGCUCUCCCGCUUUCCGUCCUCGUCCAGUGAGGGCGCUGCGGGGAAACCGCAGCGAGGCGCCGGCGAGGCCGAGACGCCUCAACCAGGCUGCGAAGCCGUCGCCGCGACUCCGAGAGGUGACCGAGAGCAGAGCGUGGGCGACGAACCGGGCCCAGCCGUCGGCAGGGGGCCGAGCCUGCAGAGCCUCGCCUCGAGAGACAAAAGGAAUGCCGUUCAGAACCCCGCAGCGGCCAGCUCGCACUCCUGGCUCGCCGCCCUGGUGGGGCCAGCUUCGACCUCUCCGCCGGCGGUUGCCUCUGACGGCGCGUCUGCGUUCGCCUCGGCGUCUCAGCAAGGGCCAUCGGCGCCGCCCGACCCGCCUCUCUCUUCUUCCUCUUCCCUGGUCCUCGCAGGCGGUCCCCUGUGGAAUCUUUUAGACGUCUCGAACCUCAUCAAGCGCCGCGGAGCGUCCAGCGGGCGAGCUGUGCAGUUUCCGCCGGAGACGCCUUCUCCGCCAGAGAGAGGGCGAGAAGAAGCGAAACCGCCAGCGAGUCUGGAGCCGUCGCGAACGCGGUCUUUGGGGUCCGAGCAUCCCGAGGAAAGCGCGUCUGCGGCGGCGGGGCAGAGUGCCUCGCGAACGCGUCUAUCGCUCUCGCACGUGUCUCCCGCCGCGCUCGCGGCUGGACUUCCUCCGCCUUCGCAAGUUCUCGAGAGGACGCGAAGCGCCCGCAUCACGCUCUUUUCCUAUCUGACUCAAGAGACCAGGCGUCUCUGCGCGUCUGUGGCGGAAGUGUACGAGUCGAUUCUCGCUUACUUCCCAACGCUUCUUCGCUCCCCUGCGGCGCCGUGUCUCCGGCUCUUGGGCGUCGGGGCUGUCGUUGAGUUCCUGCACGGUGCGGUCCUCUGUCCCCUCGUGCGCUUCCUCGAAUCCGCCGUCUUCACCUACUUCUCGCUCCUCCAUUUCUGGUGGGCUCGCCUGCCGGACCGGCGCGAAAUUGAGCAUCGCCUGAUUGCCUCAACGCAGGUGAUUUCGUCGCUGACGUCGCUGCUGCCUGCCUCCGAGUCGCCCGCGGACAAAAAGGGCGAAGGCGCCGCGCCGUCGCCCGUCUUCGCAGCCGUUUCGCCCCCCUCCACCGCCUCCCCGCUCUUCCCCGUCGACAACCUGCUCUUCUGUCCCGCGAAUCGCGUCUCUCUCGCGCCGCCUUCGGGGCAGUCGGCCUCCGCCUCCGCUGCGCCCGUCACGGCCUUCUUGCACAAAUACUUUCGCGAGCGAUGGGAAAAGGAGAACCCGCUGACCGCCUCGGUGUACGCUGCGGCGCCGUACCUCAUCCCGACUUCGAAGAAGGGCGGCAAGCUGGGACGCGGCGUCGACGAGGAGCCGCGAGAGACUCUGGACGCGCCGAGCCGAGACGAGCUGAGCGGAGACGAGCUGGAACGGCACGCGUCGAAACCGGCGCAGAAGGCGCGCGAGAAGCCCCGGGCGCAGGACAAGGACGAAAUCAUUGCUCGGGCAGCCAGUGGCGGGUACGCGCCGGAGGUCGCGUGGUUCGCCGCGCAUUUGUCGCCUCAAGAGCUCCAGAGAUGGCAAAAAGAACAGGCCAAGCGCCUCCCGAAACACGUCCCCUCGCACCCCUUGUGCUCCCUCAGUCGGACACUCUCCGCGGAGGAGUUCUCGCCUGCGCGGGCGAGCCAUCAGCUAGCGGGGAGUUCCGGCGCAGAGAGGAGAAAAAUGUCGGGGCGCGAAGGCGAGGCCCCCGGAGACAGGGCGAGCCAGCGAGACGAGCGAAGGCGAGGAGACAGGGGCGAAGCCAAGCACCAUUCGAUCGAAUCGCGGGAAGACGCCCGAAGCCGAAGUCACGCGUCGUCGUCGAGGUCGAAGACAAGGCCUUUUAAGCGAGAGCGAGCAGGGGAGAGAGGAGACCGGAACGGACGAGUGGAACGGUUUCUCGGCCCCGUCUUUGGCUGGGGGGAGGAUGUGGCGAUCGUGACGCACCCCGCACGAUCUGCGCGGGGUGUUCCGGACAGCUUUUCGCCCCACGGGAGUGUGGCGGAAGCGAUAAGAGAACCGCAGGAAGGCAAAGAAAAGGAGCGAAGCUCGCUUGCCAGCGCCCUCCACUUUAAAGACUUCCCUGCGUUCGAUCUCUUUUUCGGCAGACACAAGAAAGCUAGCGAAGGGGACAGACGACGCCCGCGCGCAGAAGGAUCGAGCGGCGCGGAGGCGACGCAUGCGCGGCAUGCGGCGGCGGAAGAGCCCCGGACAGGCAGAGAGCCGAAGGCCGAAGCGAAGGAUCCACGGCGCGAAGAAGGACCGGAGAGCGAAGGACAAGGAGAGAGUUUAACCCCGCAUGGCUUUGAAAGUGGUGUGCGACGCAUGUGA